CGAACCCAAUUAAAAAUAAAGCUAGUCCCUCAAUACUUGGAUCACACAGCACACACACUCGGACAAGAGCUGAUCUAGAGCUUCAUUUUAGCAGCUACGUGGAGAGUUUGCGCCUAGCCAUGGGCACCGGACACUACUUCUGGGCGAUCUUCUACUUUACCAGCCUGUGCAGCGCCUCACUAGCAAAUAAUGCCAAAAUAAAUUUCCGAGAAAAGGAGAAAAAAGUCUUAGAUCAAAUUUUAGGUGCAGGCAAAUACGAUGCCAGAAUACGACCGUCUGGAAUAAAUGGCACAGAUGGUCCCGCCAUAGUCAGAAUCAAUCUAUUCGUACGCAGUAUAAUGACGAUUAGUGAUAUUAAAAUGGAGUACAGUGUACAGUUAACCUUCCGAGAACAAUGGACGGAUGAGCGCCUCAAAUUCGAUGAUAUACAGGGUCGCUUGAAAUAUCUCACACUCACGGAGGCGAAUCGCGUGUGGAUGCCGGAUCUGUUCUUUUCCAAUGAGAAGGAGGGACAUUUUCACAAUAUCAUUAUGCCCAAUGUAUACAUACGCAUAUUUCCCAAUGGUUCGGUGCUCUAUAGUAUACGCAUCUCAUUAACAUUGGCCUGCCCAAUGAAUCUCAAACUGUAUCCAUUGGAUAGGCAAAUAUGCUCACUACGAAUGGCUAGCUACGGCUGGACCACCAACGAUUUGGUAUUCCUUUGGAAAGAGGGUGAUCCAGUGCAAGUGGUUAAGAAUUUACACCUACCUCGCUUCACAUUGGAGAAGUUUUUGACUGAUUACUGUAACAGUAAAACCAACACGGGUGAAUACAGUUGCCUCAAAGUCGAUCUACUAUUCAAGCGAGAAUUCUCAUAUUACUUAAUACAAAUUUAUAUACCAUGCUGUAUGUUGGUCAUUGUCUCAUGGGUAUCAUUCUGGCUGGAUCAAGGAGCAGUGCCAGCGCGAGUAUCGUUAGGUGUGACCACUUUACUCACAAUGGCUACACAAACAUCGGGCAUUAAUGCCUCACUGCCGCCCGUUUCCUAUACAAAGGCAAUCGAUGUUUGGACCGGCGUCUGUUUGACGUUUGUCUUUGGGGCAUUACUUGAAUUCGCCCUGGUGAACUAUGCCUCCCGCUCAGGUUUGAAUAAAGCUAACAUGCAUAAGGAGAAUAUGAAAAAGAAACGUCGCGAUUUGGAGCAGGCCAGUUUAGAUGCCGCUUCAGAUUUGCUCGAUACAGAUAGCAAUGCAACAUUCGCAAUGAAGCCGCUGGUGCGUCAUCCAGGCGAUCCACUGGCGCUGGAGAAGCUGCGCCAAUGCGAGGUGCACAUGCAGCCACCGAAGCGUCCCAGCUGCUGUAAGACUUGGCUAUCCAAGUUCCCGACAAGACAAUGUUCUAGAUCGAAGAGAAUCGAUGUUAUAUCGCGCAUCACAUUCCCGCUGGUCUUUGCGCUCUUCAAUCUGGUCUACUGGAGCACAUAUCUCUUCAGGGAGGAGGAGGAUGAGACUUUCUAAAGCGCGUCCGCGUCUCUGAUUACCAAAGGCUAUGUAGAAUCCAACUUUAAAUUAACCAGAUAUAUUUAUAUAUAUAUACAUAUAUACCGAUAUGUAUGUAUAUAUAGGUAAAUGCUUUGCUUGAUCAAAAGGGUAGAGACAAGGCUUCAAGGCAUCUCCAGUAUAAGAAAUUUGAUUAAAACCAAAUAUAUUUACUAACUAUAAGUUAAGUUGAUCAAGUACGACUGUAUAGUAGUUAAAAAAGUAAUAAAAAAAAAGUAUAGAAAUCAAAGAAAAAAAAAGAAAACUACUAAAAUGCUGUAUUUUAAAAAGACGAAAACGAGGCGAUUUGGUGACGAUUUGAUAAAAAGCUUGCAGCUCAUUUGUAUUCAUUUGAUUUAAAUGUUCAAAAUUGUUAUAAAUUUAAUAAAUUAUUUUUAGGCUUUAAACCAGAUACGUUUGCUUCGUAACUCGAUUAGUUUAGUUCGAAACUAAUUAGUAUUAAUUUGUACUUAAAAGUGCGCUAAGUUAGAUGUAAAACAAAAAAAAAAAAGAAAACCAAGUCGCACGACGUUUGUAAAUAUUGUCAUAUUGUCAAUAAGUUUUAAGCCAGAUAGUUUAUACACAAUUCUAAAAUGAAAAACAUGAAACGAAACAAUGCGUGUAGAUAAAUUUAAGUUUAGGCAUAAAUAAGCAACAAUAACGAACUCAACAAAUCCUAGGCAAAUUCAAUUAUUAUGUUCACAAUCGAAUUAAAAAUUGAAAUAGAAGAUAAACAAA